UCCUUCCGCACGCCACUGAAGAUCCUGGUGUCGCCAUGGGCCGCUCCCCUGCCUGGUGUUACCGGUAUUGCAAGAACAAGCCGUAUCCCAAAUCUCACUUCUGCAGAGGUGUCCCUGAUGCCAAGAUUCGCAUCUCUGACCUGGGGCGGAAGAAGGCAAAAGUAGAUGAGUUCCCUCUAUGCGGCCACAUGGUGUCCAAUGAAUAUGAGCAGCUCUACUCUGAAGCCCUGGAGGCUGCCCAUAUUUGUGCCAACAAAUACAUGGUGAAAAGCUGUGGCAAAGAUGGUUUUCACAUCCGAGUGCGGCUCCAUCCCUUCUAUGUCAUCCACAUCAACAAGAUGUCCUGUGCUGGAGUGGACAGGCUGCAGACAGGUAUGCGGGGUGCUUUUGGAAAGUCCCAGGGCACAGUAGCCAGGGUCCACAUUGGCCGAGUCAUCAUGUCCAUCCGUACCAGGCUGCAGAACAAGGAACAUGUGAUUGAGGCCCUACGCAGGGCCCAGUUCAAGUUCCCUGGCCGCCAAAAGAUCCACAUCUCCAAGAAGUGGGGCUUUACUAAGUUCAAUGUGGAUGAAUUUGAAGACAUGGUGGCUGAAAAGUGGCUUAUCCCAGAUAGCUGUGGGGUCAAAUACAUCCCUAACCAUGGUCCCUUGGACAAAUGGAGGGCUCUGCACUCAUGAGAACCUUGGCACUACCCCUUCCCAUCAUAUUCAUGCCCACCAAUAAA